UUGUCCUAAACGGCCCCUCAUAAUAGAACAUAUACAAACUCUCAAUCUUCCACUCACCCUCUUCUCACACUAAGAAGAAAUUUGCGUGUAUCAUCACCAGUUGGUGGCAGUAAUGCACCUCAUGCUUGUUUGCCAAACCGACAAGAACGUCAAAGAAGAUUCCCGCUCCUAACAGUCAGUUCGUUUCCAUGUGUAGUAGCCACCUCGCUGCAGCAGGAUGUCAGUAUUCAUGGAUCUGAAUGUGCUGUUUUCUACAGACAGGAGCCGCCUGCAGAGCCUCGUAGAGACAGCCGCUCACUUGGGAUUCUCCACUGUGGCCAUCAACUAUGUAUAUGAACUCACAACCAAGAAGAGACAGGAAGUUCCAUCGCCAGUGCCAAUCAGUGAGCUGAUUGGUCAGCUGCCUGUUGUACAAGGUCGCUCUCGUCCCAUCAAAGUGCUGAAUAGACUAACAGUGGUAAUGUCAGAGGCCAGUCCCUUUAGGCCAAAUGAUGCAGAGUAUCGCGCCUUUGACCUCCUGGCCAUCCAGCCGACAACCGAGAAGCUCUUCCAUACCUCCUGCAUGCUGUGUGAAGUUGACAUCAUUUGUAUCUCGGUGACAGAGAAACUUCCCUUCUUCUUCAAGAGAGCGCCCAUAAACGGGGCCAUUGACAGAGGAGUGGUGUUUGAGGUAUCAUAUGCCUCAGCACUCAGGGACUCCACCAUGAGGCGCUACACUAUUGCCAACGCUGUUUGUUUGAUGGAAAGCUGCAAAGGAAAGAAUGUCAUCGUCUCAAGUGCAGCUGAGAAGGCUUUGGACCUUAGAGGACCUUAUGACAUCAUUAAUCUAGGGGCGCUGUUUGGUCUGUCAGAUGCUGACUCUAAAGAAGCCGUGUCUUCCACCUGCAGAGCCGUUUUACUGCAUGCAGAAACCAGGAAGACUGCUAGUGGCAUUGUGUCCACCAGGAAGAGUCAGCAGGAAGGCCUUCAGGACUGUGUCGGCAGUGAAGCUCCUGCUGCCAAACGACCCAAACCAACCUGACGGGGAUUGAGGAGGCAGAGCCUAUUCUCAUUUGUUUUACUGUUUUUGUUUGUCCCUUUUUGAAGAUGUUUUGCCUCCUAAAACCGAUUUAUAAUUUUGGAUCAAUAAAGUUUGAAAAAUAAAUUCUUUAUUCAUUUUUA